UAAACACAAUUUCCUGCAGUGUCCCAGUUUCUUCUUUAAAAUAAUUAAAAUCUUGUUUUAAUCUUUUUUUUGUAUAAAUGUUUCUUUGUCUUGUAUCUAUUAGCUUUAAAAUGUGCCUCUGUUGUAACGUACAUGUAAUUACAAUGAAUAAGAUUUUUGUAGAAGUGCUUUGUGAAAAUGAAAAUGUUUCAGUAUUUUUACUUUGUCUGUGCCUACAUAAAUGCUUCCAUCUGAGCCAGACUGCAGCAGUUUGCAAAAAUGGGAGUAAUAAACACCGCCCAAAUGAUUUGAAUAUUUCCUGACAGAUGGGAACAAUAUCCUCUUGUUCAGCUUAUAUGGAUUUUACCUGUGAAUGACAUAGCAGAGGCAGCAAAAGCAAGGUAAUAUCAGAGUUUUUCACAGUUGUAUUUAUUAAUUUGUAAUAAUAUGUGACAUUUAAAGUGGUGGAAUGGGUUUAAAGUGGUGGAAUGGGUUUUGUCACGAUUUGCUUUUUAUGUACUGUGACAAAACUAAACAGAUAUCUUUAAUAGACGUUUUCAGUUUUGAGGAUACUGUUUAUUUUUAUGUAGCCACUCAGCUAAUUUAAGUAUAAUCUUUUUGAUAUAAUUUUACUGUUGGUGUAUUUUGCUGAUUUGGUGAAAAACUUUGUUGAUCAUUGUCAGAGACAACAUAACAGACUUUGGGCAGCUGUAGGUUUUUCAUGUGAAAACUUGUUCUAGCAUAAUUCAGAUGGAAUAAAAGUGAAACAAUUUAUUCUCUGCAUUACGUUACAGCAAGUCUGUCUAAACUUUGAGGGAUGAAAAAAGAAACCAUAACAGAGUUAUCUAUUCAGUAUACACAUUUUAUGACAUCAGUUGUAUUUUUGGAAAAUUGAGACCUAAUGAUAAAGCUAAAGUGCUUUAAAAUGGUUUUGCGCCUUUACAGAUUUCUUGUUGUUGGUCUUCUGUCACAAUUGACUGUUUAUGACAAUUAAAUUUUACUAUCAUGCUAACUUGGAUAAGUACAAAAAAGUUUAAAAUGGUGGUUGCACUAAUUAAGGGGAACAAAGCUAUCUGAAUCAACCAGGACCUAUGUGGAAAAUGUAACCAUCCACCUUUAGACUGUGACUCAACUGUGAGUAAUCACAAUUAAUUUAAAAGCUGAGUUUCAUAAUGAGCCUCUUCCAGUCCUGAUUACUACCAAGCUUGUAAAUGAAGUAGGAUAAAAGAUCUCAAAGUCAACACAUCCCAUCCCAAGCUAGUCUAUCAACUAGUAAAUGUUACAAAGCUAUUUCUACGAAUAGAAAAAAACAUGCAGCUCUGAUGAAUCUUCCCAGGAGUGGCUUGACUAUUAAUAUUACUCCAAAACCACCCCACCCUUGAAUUUGAAUGAUAUGCAAUAACCAAAUAAGUCAGGAAGUCUACAUCUAAAUGGCAGAAUGCAAGAAACAUUUUUAAGUGGCCCAAUGUAAGCCUACAACCACAUCUGAUUAAGGUCCUGUGGCCUAUUUCACCUGAAGACCUUCCAGCUUGGCUCAAUUAAAACAAAUCUACAAAUAAGGGUGGGACAAAAGUCCUCCACAGUGUUGCAAAACAGUCUUAUUGCAAAUGUUUGAUAGCAGUUGUUGCUGCCAAAAGUGGCACUAUCAGAUACGGCUGAGGGAUAAUACUGAUUUUAUUGAUAAAUCAAAUUUUAAGAUUUUUUUUUUUUUUUUUUGAAAAAGUUGGAUUUUUUUUUUUUCACCUAUGUGCACUCUUUGGAUUUCUGUAGUUCAGAAUGGUGUCCGACUUCCCACAGCCUACUAUAUUGUUUCACAGCUCAUGUUUAGUUGAAUUCAGAUAAACUCCCAGAAGGGAUGAUCGAAAUUAAGUUUUUGGAAUUUUAAUUAAUUAUUAUGAUUUCUUUUUGAGACAAUAAAGUGAGAAAAAAAAUCAACUAAAAUUGAAAAUUAGAUUGCUUCGAAAUAAAACAAAGUAAGAUUCUAUUGUAAUCCAUAUUAUCCAGCCCUACCAGUUAUUGGUGUUAGGAAGCUAUUAUUUAUUUAUGUAGGGACAGGUUGGUUUGGACAGCUUUAUUUCAUUUGGAUAGAUUUACUCAUAUUUUACAUGCAAAACAAAGAAAGCCAAAAUGAUAGCAAAAUCAUUGUGUAAACGUUUGGCAUUGCUCAGCUUGUCUGCAAACUUUUCAGCUGCUGCCAUGACCUCUUCACAAAAUGAGGUGGAGACAAUAUCAGAAAAACUGAAAGACAUUUCACUGAAAGAGGGACAGCUUGAAGACAGAAAGAAAAUCUUGAUGGUAUUCCAGGAGCUAAGGAAUCGGGCUGAAUUUGGAGAAACAGAAGAGUCGGCUGCUACCCAACAAGAGAUCAAUUCUAUUGACAAUAAAUUGAAAGAACUCAGGAUAAAGAAGGCUGAACUGCAAAAGAACUGUAACAAUAUUGAUGCAAAAAAUGAGAGAACCAAGAACGAUAUUAAGCACGAGUCCAACCAGCAGCUUGACGCUAGCGCUUCUAAAGUCUUCUUUGUCGAACCUCCUCCUUCUUUUCCCGCCCCUGCCGUGAUUCUGGAUAUUGGAAAACUUCCUACACAACCAACGAGGACACAGUGCCCAGAGUGCAUGGAGUUUGUCACCACGGAGACUUUCACUUCUGUCAGCAGCGUGACCUGGCUUGUUUGCUUUAUGUCAGCUAUGAUGGGCUGCGUGGCUGGUUGCUGCCUCCUUCCUUUCUGCAUGGACAGGUUCAAGACCACCACGCAUAGAUGUCCAAAGUGUCGGUCGAAAAUCACAAUCAUCAAAAAGCUCUGAGAGGAGAAGCUGAAGCUGAGAAAAAACGCUGGACCAGCAACUGCUGGUGUUUUAGUAACUGCUGAGAGGAUCUGCUGAAGAGUUUGUUUAGCAACAUCGUCCUCUCUUACGCUGAAAAUCCACGCCUAAGGAUUUAUGUUUGUGAACUUAAAAAUUAAAUCUUGGCUGAAUGGAUUUAAUGAAGCACAUCUCAAUAGGUAUAGCUGUGACUUGCAUGUAAAUAUGUAUUAUAAUAGAUCUAUAAAAUGUAUGAAAUCUACCUUUUCAAUUUUAAACUACCUGUGAAAUUCUACUAAUCUUAAAGUAGUUCUUUAGGAGGAUUGUGAUGCUGGGGGCCUUUUAUCGCCUCUUCAAAAGGAUCAAAUCUUGUCUUUGAAAGAUCAGAAUAUUUUAAAUAGAAAUCUGGUGGACUCUGGCAGGAAACUGAAAAUACACCAAAAGAUGAAAGAACCCAGGACUCUGAAUGACAAGAAAGAUUUUGCAACUGAAAAUGAUCUGGAGUCUUUUUUUUUUCUGUAUUCCUUAACCUUGUGAAACGCUAUAGGAGAAUAUGCAAUGGUGGGUUGUACAAAGUCCUGACAGCAGUACAAAACAAGUGGGGGUGUGGGAAUGUUUCAUUCGCUGAACAAAUGUACUCAAAUUAAAGUACCGGUAGUUUUUUUUUCUAGAAUUAAAAACCAUAAAUUCUCAUGUAAAAAGAAAUGAAAAUAUUUUAAAGCUUUUCAUACAUCUUUGCCAGGUGCGACAUUAAAUGUGUCUGGCAAUGAAUAUGCAUGUAGGGAGCUGUUCAAUAAAGAAGCAUAAGAAC